ACCGGGAACGGCGGCCAGCAGGGGCGGGGCAGUGUAGCGGUCGGCUGGGCAGGCUCCGCACCGUGCUGGGGCGCGGGGCGUAACCCCCGUUAGGAGUCAUGCUCGGCAGGUCUGGGUACCGGGCGCUGCCCUUGGGGGACUUUGACCGUUUCCAGCAAUCGAGCUUCGGCUUCCUGGGCUCGCAGAAGGGUUGCUUGUCCCCGGAGCCGGGCGGCGUGGGGCCGGGGGCCGAUGCACCUCAGAGCUGGCCUUCCUGCCUCUGCCAUGGCCUCAUCAGUUUCCUGGGGUUCUUGCUGCUGCUGAUCACCUUCCCCAUUUCUGGUUGGUUUGCCCUGAAGAUCGUGCCCACCUAUGAGCGCAUGAUCGUAUUUCGACUGGGCCGGAUCCGCACCCCUCAAGGACCCGGUAUGGUUCUGCUCCUGCCCUUCAUUGACUCUUUUCAGAGGGUGGAUCUGAGGACACGAGCCUUCAGUGUCCCUCCUUGCAAGCCCCUCUUUCACGGCCUCCCCCAACAGUUGGCCUCUAAGGAUGGGGCUGUGCUGUCUGUGGGAGCUGACGUCCAGUUCCGCAUCUGGGACCCGGUACUGUCGGUGAUGACAGUGAAGGACCUGAACACAGCCACACGCAUGACGACCCAGAAUGCCAUGACCAAGGCUCUGCUCAAGAGGCCUCUGCGGGAGAUCCAGAUGGAGAAGCUCAAGAUCAGCGACCAGCUCCUGCUGGAGAUCAACGAUGUGACCAGGGCCUGGGGGCUGGAGGUGGACCGUGUGGAGCUGGCAGUGGAGGCCGUGCUCCAGCUGCCCCAGGACAGUCCAGCUGGGCCCAGCCUGGACAGCACCCUGCAGCAGCUGGCCCUCCACUUCCUGGGAGGAGGCAUGUCUUCAGUGGCAGGAGGUGCCCCACUCCCCGAGCCAGCAGAUACCUUGGAUAUGGUGAACGAGGUUGAGCCGUCUGCCCCUCAUGGUGGUGCCAGGUCCAGCCCCAAGCAGCCUGUGGCCGAGGGGCUGCUGACGGCUCUGAAGCCCUUCCUGUCUGAGGCCCUGGUCAGCCAGGUCGGAGCCUGCUACCAGUUCAAUGUCGUCCUGUCCAGUGGCACCCAGAGCAUCUACUUCUUGGACCUCACUACAGGGCAAGGGAGGGUGGGACAUGGGGUGCCUGAUGCCAUCCCUGAUGUGGUGGUGGAGAUGGCUGAGGAGGACCUGCAGGCCCUGUUGUGCAGGGAGCUGCGGCCCCUGGGGGCCUACAUGAGCGGACGGCUGAAGGUGAAGGGCGACCUGGCCGUGGCCAUGAAGCUGGAGGCUGUCCUCAGAGCCUUGAAGUAGCAGGUUUGUCUGACUGUCCAUAGCCCAGCCCUGAGCCUGGCACCAAGCCAGGGGGGCAUCUUGGAGGAGGAGUCAUUGACACUGCACCUUGGAUCGUUGAGGCCCUGAGAAGUUUCAGGCCCAGCAAGAGCCAAUGAGUGGAGGCUGGGAGACCCUGGAGACUGGGAAAGGCCCAGUCAGGUGGCCCUGCCCUUCUCACCCACAGUGGUUCUCUGGACAAGCCUUUGCUGAUCCUGGUCCCCUGCCGAGUACCCGGUCUGAGCUGGGUGCACAGCGCGAUGACAGGAGAGCCAGGCCUGCUGUGCUCUGCUGGCUACCUGACUGGAGAGCCAGGGCUGACAGAAAACAGCCUGACAGCCGCGGGUUUGGUCCCAGUGUGAGGGAGCAGUGCAUGCAGCUCAGGCUCCAAGCUCUAGAAGCGGGGUCAGAGAGGCUGGAGGAGGGAGAGGGAAGGCGGCCACCGAGAAGAGGUCCCUGCAGUGGGAGGGAUCUGGGGAUGGGCUGGGUCCGCCCCGAUGACUGCAGUCCAGGCCCAGGCUGGGGGGGAUGGGGACAGGAAAGAGUGGGGCUGGCUCCUCCCCGGCCCUGCUCCUGAAGAUGUCUUGACUCAUCUCCCAGCUCGGUCUUGCAUGCCUGACGGACUGGAGCCCAGGGCAGCAUGAAGGAGAGCCCUGCUGUUCCUGUGCUUUCCGGAGGUUUGAAAACCUCAAAUAAAUGUGAUGUUUACAAUGUA